AGUAGACCAAGUACUAACUGACUAAAUAGAAGUUAUCGUUGAUGUGUAUGCUUGCGUUAUAUUAGUAAUUGCAGUUGUGUGUUAAAUGAAGAAGUAGUAGUCAUUAGUUUAUAGUCAGAGUGACGUAAACAUAAAUGUUCAUAAGGCACGGAUUGUGUCGAAAAGUAACGAUUGAAUAAGGAAAUUAUUCAUAAAUACACGAUUGCUUCGACUAGCAAGCAAGCUUGUGUUCAUUCACUUUAUGUACGCCGGAGCGUUAUGAUAAUGAACCUACGAUUCGUUUGUUUAUUUGUGGCAUUCUUCUUUAAGAACGGGCAUUUUAUAAGUGCUUCCACGGAGAAUGAACUUGGUUAUCUAUCCAUAGUAAGCCCAAUGUUUGUUGGAGAAAACAUAACGUUUCUAUUCAUACCAGCCUAUCGAUCGACAAGAAUAGACUUUAGAGUUUUAAGGUGGCAAGUUCUCUUUGUUGAUGAUACGAGCUCCUUCAAAUAUCGAAAAUCGGAAAUCGAAAUCGAAGAGUUGACACUGUACGAGUCUGGACAGGCAGUCUACAUGGAACUCAUCAAGGUAAACAUGACAUGGGACCGUGCAGUAGUGGCAGUAAAAGACGGUUCGAGAUUAUCAAAUGCGAUCACCAUGCAACUACAAGAUCGGACAGCUGAUCUCUACGUACUGUCCUAUCCCUCUCUACCAGGAGGCAGUGCACUUAUUGCAUUCUAUUAUCCCGAGGGGUUCAACGACUCCAAUGCAGUCACCCACUGGUGGCAAAACCGAUAUGGUGGAGACGUCCAGACGGACUCGAAUAAAAAACGCAUAGUCUUUAAUGUGUUCAAUAUUUCGCACAAUCAAACAUUGUUUUUAGAAUAUCGUAAAGGCACGAAGGCUUUAAAAUCAAAUGAUGUUUAUUUAUUUAUAGGUCGUCUUCGGCUAGAACCCAUAUGCACCACUUCCGAGUGCUCUGACUGUGUUUGCGUUCAUCCCGGUGAUGUAGUAACAUGCUCCACAGAAGGUACAAUGUUGUCACUUUGGAUAGGAAUAAACGAUAUUGAUGUGAAAAGAUCAAACAGUAACGGAAGUAAUGAAUAUACAUCCAAGAGUUUCUCAAUCACAAAUCGGCAUCACAAAUCCACAGUUCGCUGCUACAUGUAUGUUGAAUUUGAGAAACGAAACAUCGUCUUCAACUCAAGCGCUACACUAUACGUGUUGGGUUCACCUUUACUUUCGGAUUCCUCAUCACACGACGUCUCAUACAUUUUUAUAGGAACGGCAGCUGCUAUUGCGUUCGUAACAAUACCAUUAUGCAUAACGAUUAAAAGACGGAGGAGACCACGAAAGAAAACAAGAUCUGUAAAUAAUCGAGGAGAGGGCGUGAACUUGCCGGUUUUCAAUCAAUCAGAACCCAUGGUCGGAAGAGACGAAAUGUCUGAUCAUGAGUAUGCUGAUAUCGACGAAGAACCGCACCCAACUAAUGCUUCUAAUGAGAAUGAGCAUCCCAACGAGUUCUACAUAACAGCACUACCGUAAUCUGAUGACGUCCCCUUUCGAAACUCCAAGCGCGGAAAGAGGGUCGUUCGUUGCAAACCGUACACCGGAAACUCUCCGAUCAAAUCAAUGUAGCGAAAUCAGCUGCUUCUCUGGCAUCCGAACAAUUAAAAAGAUCUCAUAAUGAUUUUGUUGACACGAACACGAUUUUCACACCUCCUCGAGCAAGAUCGCAAUAGACACAUUAUGCAAAUGUGGAGUCAGUUAAGUUUACAUCGCACGGAAAUUAUCGUAGUGUUUUAUAUUAUGUAUUCAAUCGGAUCCCCUUUUGUUUUUUCCAAGCAAACGUGUGAUAUGAUUUUCCAACCUUCAUAAUUCUGUAUAACUGACAACAAUAAAUACUUAUUCAACAAAAUGAUGAUACAAAAAGGAUUAACACAUACAUGCUGCUUUCGGUUGUUAGCGAUUGCAACGUUUUUAAAUGGUUUCAAGGUUGCACAAUUUCAAAAUGAACCGCAGUUAAUAAGCUAAAUUGGAAAACUUUUUUUUCCAAAACCUGAUAGCCUGAUUUGUCGGUAAUUGUAUGGACGUUUUGACAGAAUGGGUGUUGUAAAUGGUAGUAUACCCGUGUACUUGUGAGAAGGAGUAAAUAUAACUCCGUAAUACCUUUGUGCUUUUUAACUUUCCGUUACAUUUGUAUUUAUUCCUUUCCGGCGGCUAUGUUUCAAUUUACAUGGAAAAGUUAAUGCUCGGUGUAAUCUAGUUAAACAAAAUGAAAAACCGGUGUUGGUUUCGAUAUCCUACUAGAUACAAGAUCAAUACAUUACACCGGCAUGCUAAACAAUUUUUUCCCACAUUUACUGGUUCGACUCACUUGUUUUGCAUGAUUAACAUAAACUGUUUUAGUGCGGUGAACAAGGUUUACUCAUUUUUUUUGUAACGUGAGUAGUGAAGUAGGCAUUUCAUUUUUGAUUUUUAAUAAAAGACCCGCGGACCGUUACAAGAAUCAUCCCGUCUAUUAAUAGUGAUGUAAUAUUCCUCUAUGAAUAUUUCUAUAAUUAUAUUACGAUAGCAAUUAACAUGUGUAACUGAUGAUGAUUUAUAUCAAUAUCUUGACAUUGUUCAAAGAAAAAAUACCAAACAAUUGAUUAUGCAUAACCACUACAAAAUACUAACAUUUGAAUACAUGUUUGUUUAUGGAGUUUUUGUACACCAUGCUUACGUUAAUACAUGCAAUAACGCCAAUGCAAGUUAUUCGUGUCUUCAUUUAAAGCUAUCUGAUAGUGAUGGGUUACUAAAAGGCACUGCAUGACACUUCAAUUGCAAAAAAAUAUACUACUGAUAUUAA